AUGAGCGCGGCUGUCCCUAAGCAUGCCGGCAGAUCCGACCAGAUUGGCGCGGUGACAAGUUUGUUGGGCGAGGCGGGUCAGCCUCUGCCGCCGUCUUUGCUACUUCAAGACGCAUGCAGCCCCAACACCACCGCUCGGCUCGUGUCCGAUGUGCUCGACGACCUGGCCUCAGCUUCACAGGACUCUCCUCACCCGCUCUGCUGGUGCACUGUGUCUCCACUCACCUCGAUCAAUCCCACGACGCUCUUCCGCAGCGUCCUGACUUCGCUCGAGCACAGCAUCCAGCAAGUUCACGAUCGAACACGCACCGACACGGCCAAAGCCGUCGCUUCCGGGUCGAGAGGCAACUUUCGCCGCCCCGACACCUCGCUCGACUACUUUCUUUGGAAGCUUGGAACGCUCCUCGACACCGUCGAUGCACGCCUCAUCGUGGUCAUCAAGGACGCCGAGCGCAUCCGCGACCUCUGGCCCGAGCAUGUCUGGACUGCCUUUUGCCGUCUCGCACUGCUUGUAGGCAAGCCAGGAAAGAUCGCCACUGUCUUCAUCUCGACGCUGCCCUGGGCGCAAUACCGCACGCCCAGCGGCCUCACCGUCUCGCACCGGCCCAUCACGCUGCGCUUCCCACGCCUCACACGGCCCGACGUCCUGUCUCUACUCGCCCUCGACUUUCCGCUGCUUUGGAAAUCGUACGACAGCUCGGUGCAGGCGGCGCAGAUGCACGCUGGCACGUCCAACGCGCUGUGCAAGCGCGCCACGCUCGCCAAGCUCAAGAAGGCCAACUCGGGGGACCAGGUCUCGCAGGACGCCCUGCGCGUGCUGUACGAGCAGUUUGUCGGCGUCUUCUACGACUCGAUCAAGUCCAACGUGCGGGACAUCGAGGAGCUGCGCACCAUGAGUGCCGCCGUCUGGCACUCGUUUGUCGUCCCCGUCCAGACGCGCGAGUGCAGCACCGCCGAUCUGCAGACGCUGCUCCUCGUUUCGUCCCACCUGUUCAGAGACGUGAUCGUGCGACUGCAGACUCGCGAAGUGGGCCCAAGAGAGUGGACGCAAGAAGCGCGCAUUCGCAGCAUACAGGCGAGUGCAGCGCGCCUCGCAGCCGCCAAAGCACCGCAAGCCGCUUCGACCACAGAGCAGGCGGAGGACGAGGAUGCGAGCAUCGUCGACGAGGAGCGCAAGUUCGACGAGGAGGAGUGGCUCGAGCGCGAGAUGGCGGCGUUGGACCGAAUGCGCUCAGCAUCUUCCCACGCCACCAUGUCGUUGAUGCCCUCGCUCGCGCUCAUCCCGACGUUCCUUGUCAUCGCCUCGUUCCUUGCGUCGUACAAUCCGUCGCGGUUGGAUGUGCGCUACUUCCUACGUGACGACUCUUUGCUCAGUCUGUCCAGCGGUGCAUCCAAGGGCAAAUCGCUCAAGGGUGGACGCAAGCUGGGUCCCGGGCGCGGGCGUAAAGCUGGAGCUGGGCGUCGUGGACGUUCUGCCAAAUCUGCCCUGCGAGUGACCAACGAGGACGGUCAAACCGAGAAUCUGAAUCGACAACAGCUUCUCGGGCCCAAGCCAUUCCCGAUCGAUCGGCUGCUGAGUAUCUUCCAGGCGCUCAUCACCGAGUCGGCACCCGAAAUGUCGCUCGUCUACUCGUCGUUGAUUCCGGAGAACGAUCUGUCGGCGUCCAACGUGGAUGCGUCCGGCGACCGAUCGACACUGUGGGAGUACAGGAGCAAGUCGCUAUCGGUCUAUUCGCAGAUUAACAAUCUCGUCUCAAGAAGGAUGCUCGUCAGAACUUCGGCUCAGGACAAGCUCGGGACCAGCAUCAACUUCCGGACCAACGUCAGCUACUCGGUCGUCGCCGUACUUGCCAAAAGAGUCCGCUUCGAUCUGGAUGAGUGGCUGUGGGAUUGGGGCGCAAGCGGCGCUGGAGGCAUCUAG